UUGUGUUAGUACAGUACAGUACAGUAAACGCUGAUUAACACGUUAGUAAGCAUGCGUAUUUACGUCUUCUUUUAGUAGUCGAUUCUGCCUGACAUGUGACUGCAUAACCCGCUCACAUGGGCGACGAGUUGCAUGAUCCGAUUUAAGUUUUUAAAGUCCACUGAUCCAGCUUGCGGCUGACACAGGAGUUGCUAUGGCGAGCGACGGCGGGCAGAAGGUGGUGCUGAUCACCGGUUGUUCCUCUGGAAUCGGACUGCGGAUCGCCGUGCUUCUGGCCAGAGACGAACAGAAGCGUUACCAUGUCAUUGCCACUAUGAGAGACCUGAGAAAGAAGGACCGGCUGGUGGAAGCAGCGGGUGACAUGUAUGGAAAUACCUUGACACUGCUGCCUUUGGAUGUGUGUAGUGAUGACUCAGUCAAGCAGUGUAUUGACAGUGUCAAGGACCGCCACAUUGAUGUUCUCAUUAAUAAUGCAGGCGUGGGUUUGCUGGGCCCCUUGGAGAGCAUCAGUCUCGAUGAGAUGAAGAAAGUGUUUGAGACCAACUUCUUCGGAACUGUGCGCAUGAUAAAAGAGGUCAUGCCAGACAUGAAGAAGAGGCGAGCCGGCCACAUUAUCGUCAUGAGCAGCGUAAUGGGACUUCAGGGUGUGGUAUUCAACGAUGUCUACACGGCCUCUAAGUUUGCCAUAGAGGGCUUUUGUGAGAGUAUGGCUGUACAGCUCCUGAAGUUUAAUGUGAAACUGUCUCUAAUCGAGCCCGGCCCAGUGCAUACAGAGUUUGAAACCAAGAUGAUGGAAGAAGUGGCUAAGAAGGAAUAUCCUGGAGCAGAUGCGGACACAGUCAGAUACUUCAAGGAUGUGUACAUUCCAUCCUCUAUCGAUAUCUUUGAGGCAAUGGGGCAAAACCCUGAUGACAUUGCUAAAUGUACCAAGAAAGUAAUUGAAUCCAGUCAACCCCGAUUCCGGAAUCUGACCAACAGUCUUUACACUCCCAUUGUGGCCAUAAAAUAUGCUGACGAGACCGGUGGACUUUCAGUGCACACCUUCUACAAUCUACUCUUUAACUUCGGCUCACUUAUGCACGUUACCAUGAGCAUCCUCAAGUGCCUGACAUGCAGCUGCCUGCGCAGGCGCACCAUUUCUCCUGACUGAAGAGAGCAGCAGAGAGACAUACACUUACACUAUCCUUGGAUCACAGUACAGGUCACAACUUUACCCAACAAACAUGAUAAUACCUCAGAGGAGUAUUUGACAUUACAACAGACAUGUAUUAUUAUAUAAAGAGAAAUAUUUUUCUUUUCAAUCAAACCACUUGUUGUCUACAGAUUGUAUUAAUUAUAAUAUGUGUAUUAAUCUAAACAAUUGAGUUACUGUCAAAGCAGAAGUUAAGCUGAUUCUAAGUUAUUACUUACAUUGUUAAUUAUAAAGCAUUAUUGCAUGUACAAAACAUUUGCCACAUGCAAUCAAACAGUAAACCAUAACAGACCUGUUUUAAAGCUAUUUACUGACAAUAAUUAACUAAUUGCUCUUGUGAUGUUGAUUGUGCAUAAUUCAAUCAUCACAAAUAAUCACAUAGCUGCCUGUUUUUGUGCUAAUGAUUUUCAUGCACAUCUUUUCUCCUUUUAUAAGCUAAGUGUAAGUCUGUGUUUUUUAAAUUAACAUGAACAUUUAGGUAGCCAGACACAUAUUUAAAGUUACAUUGAUUUUGAAUCUAAAUAAUGUCAUUUGGUCCAAUUUGUUGAGUGUGUAAAUGGAUAAAAAUGUAUAUGAAGUAGU